GGGGCCGGCAGCGGCGGCGCCGAGGGGCAGCGCGGUUAGCCGGCGGCGCAGGUAAGGGAGCGGCGCUCCGAGCUUACGGCUCUCGCAGCCUCUCGGUUCCUUUUCGAAACGGAGCGAAGCUCGGGGAAACUUUCGCAGCCUCUGCCUCUGCUGCGUUUCCUUUCGGUUUUACGGCGAUGGAUCGCGUUCUGCUCGCCCAGCAGCGCUUAAGGCUGGCUGGGUAUCCGGAGUUGCGUUGUCCUUCUGAGAAAUGGCUUUUGGAGAUGUCAGAGCUCAGGAACUGAACGCAGAACUACUCGCAAAAGUAUGCCUUUUUCCCUAUUUCGAACGGAUUCUUUGAGGUUUAUUAUGCACGUAUCGCACAGUAGAAAACCAUGGGCAAUUUCAAAGGCCAUGCGCUCCCUGGAAGCUUUUUCCUUCUUUUUGGCCUGUGGUGGUCAGUGAAGUACCCGCUGAAGUAUGUCUGUCGAAAGAACAAGAGUGCUUGCUACCUGGGCUCCAGGGCAGGAUUUCAGCGCCUGGAAUUUGUUGAGGGCAUCAUCAAGGCUGUCUUUGCCCUGAUUGGAAUGGUGGCUGAGCAGUUUGUUCCUGACGGACCUCACCUGAAGUUGUAUAAUUAUGAGGAAAAGCACUGGGAUCACUUGAUGAACUGGCAGCAUGCCACCAUGUAUCUCUUCUACGGCAUUUCAGGCUUGGUUGACAUUGUGGCUCAUGGGACUAAUGCAUUGCCAGUGGCCAUGGACAGGAUGAUGCUCUCCUUAGCAGUUUUUAUUGAAGGUUUUCUUUUUUGCUACCACCUUCACGGGAGAGCCAUGCUGGAUAUUCAUGUUCAUCAGUUAUUGCUGUAUGCUAUCUUUGGAGGUGCUAUUUGCAUAUUUCUGGAAGUUUUCUUCCGUGGCAGUAUUGUACUCGAGAUGCUCCGUACAAGCCUCUGCAUAUUACAAGGCAGCUGGUUCUGGCAGAUUGGCUUUGUUCUUUAUCCUCCAAAUGGGAGCCCAGAGUGGAAUCAAAUGGAUCAUACCAAUAUGAUGUUCCUGACCAUGUGCUAUUGCUGGCACUAUGCUUUUGCUUUUCUUAUACUUGCAGUGAACUACACAAUUGUCAGCUGGGCAGUUCGGUCAAAGAUUAAGCAGUCUCAGUCCAUGGAAAUGGGAUUACUGAAAACAUCUGAACGAGAUCAGGAGUCAGAAGAUGAAAUUUAGUAUGAAUAUGGCUCAACUAGUUUGUCCGCUCUACCAUUUGGCUAACUGAUACCUCAUUUCUUGAAUUGUUUACUGUCUUAUUUGCUCUUUACUCCAGCUUGCAGUGGAAAUAUCAUCACCUAAGAAGUGUCUACGUCUACACAGUUAGGUCUUUACUUGUGGAGGGUAAGCUUGGUAUUGUUUCGUGUUGGUGCCACUAGUACCUUGCUUAUCACGUGCCUCAAUGAAAAACAGACUAAUAUUAGACAUGCUCAGACUUGAGUGAGGUGGCAUUACCAAGUCUGUGUGUUGGACUCAUUAAAAGCUAAGCAAAAUGUUUUCCAUCUGCUGCUGAACACAUGGUUUUGUUUCCACAAUUAGGGUAUCCAAAUAAGUGUGUUUGUUGAACUGCAAACAGCACAGUGCAUAAACAAAUCUGCAGACCUGGAAGAGAGUAGAACAACAUACAAAAUCACAGCCUUGCAGCUGUCUUUUAUAACAAAUUCACAUCUUUGCUUGUGGCUUUAUGUUAAAUGGAAAGAACUACUCACAGCAAAGCCCUUCAGCAUUUCCUUGAACAGUGUGCUGUGUGUUCACUCCUAAACUUCUGUAGGAGGACCAGAAGGUGUACAGUAAAUGAAAACCACCACAGUUCCCUCCUUUGCUUAGAUAGUCAUGCCUCUUUGCUAUCAUUUGGCUUUGAAAGGCAGUGAAUUGACUCUGCUUCUCCCCAGCACACAGAGCAGCUUCUUUUCCAGUAAAGUCAUCCUGCGUCAGCUCCUGGCCAAAAAGGCAGUUCCUUUCCCCAGUCUAUUUCCUUCCCUUAGGUGGGAUUUGGUGCAGUGUCAACAAGGCUUGAGGGCAGACACAUGUCUGUACCCAGCAUCUGGAUCAGGACUAGGUGAUACUGAACUGUGAGGUGGAUGAGAUGGAUUUGCACCCCUUCCCACAAAUGCUGAGCAGUCUAUAAGAUGCAAAGCAAUGAUCAGUGAGAGGGCAGAGGUUUCCUUCAGAGUGGUUCUGUGCCCAGCUGGCCACUGCACUCUCUGUAUAAUAAUAAAAAAAAUUCUUUUUUUUUUUUUUUUUUUUCCCUUUAAUUGCAUUUACUUUUUCCACUGGAAAAGCUGCAGCCAGGCCCGGGGUGCCUUCUCCAGCACUCAGUCUCACUUGGGACGUACUCCAACCUCAACAGUUGCAAUAGCAAAAUAACUGAUACGUGGCAGAAGGCAGCAGCAAAGUGAGUGUGUAAGCACACUGCCCCCGUGGGGCUAACUCCUGCAGCCUGGCUCUUUCUCUCCCAAUAUCUUACAAAACCUGGCUUCAGCAGCAGGGCAGCAUAUGCUCAGAUUUCUGGGGGUCUGAUCACAGGACAUGUGCUGAUGGUCAUGGGCGAUGAUGCACGGUCAGCUGUGGUGAGGUGGUUAUUCUGGAAAACAGCUUCUAGCAUUUAGAACAUUCCACCUAAAAAUACUAUUUUCUAGUUGCUGAUGCAGGAGUUCUGUUCAAAUAAUACUGGGUUUGGUGCUGCAGAAGUGUUUCUUGUUAUUCUGCUAUUUCCAUAUUUUCCUGAGGGAAUGCAGCACCGGGCUAUGGAAGAGAGAGUUGUAGGGUCUGGCCCUUCCAGUUUCUAGUUUCACCAGAAGAAUGAGUAACAUAAAAUUACUAAUUGUGGUAAGCUGAUUGCUUAAAAAGAUGCAAAACAUAGUUUUUAGCUCAAGGGGAUCUCGGGACUCAGAAAGAAAAAAAUAGCACUAAAUGUUUUUUGUAAAGCUAUUUUACUUCAUGUGUAAGAUUCUCCCUUUUGUCUCUCUUCCAAAGAGAAUUUUCCUUAGCUGCAUGUGCUGUUAAUGCUGAAUUUUAGAACGUCAGGCUUACCGGUGCCUUUCUAAAAUAAACGGGGUCAUUUAUUUUGAAGGAGAUCUUCAGAAAGAACUUUUCUCCUCAUAGACAGAAGCAGUGCAAGUUUCUUUGGUGCUUUUCUUGACAAGCCUGGUUAAUACUGUACAAAUAUUAAGGUGCUGUAUCUCUAAACUAAAGUGAAAACCUAAGCAGGACAGAAGAAUUGUGUUGGUAUGGCUGAGUUUUGAUAUGUCUUCUUAGAAGAGCUCAGUCGGUCCUUUUCUAAAUUAUUUUAGAUCUUUCUUUACCAAGUGUCAUGACACUUGAAAGCAGCGUCAGAUUAUCUGAAUCUACAUCAGGAUGUAAAACUAGCUGGCUCCUGGACAUUUCUGUGUUUACAAAUGUAAACUGGGAAACUGCAAAUAUGUGGUCUAAUAUCGCCGUUUUUCUUAUUGUUUGCUCCUCUUUACUAUCUUUCUCUGAAGUGUCUUGGAGAUUUUGGCAAACUUUAACAAAGCGUGUCUCAGGACAUCAUUGAAGACUAGGUAUCAAUGUGGCAUUUUUGUAGCUCUCGCUUUUGCAGCACUUUUACUGUAAACUCUGAAGGGACGGAUGUUUAAUUCCCUCUGGAAGUCUAAGACUUGAGUUUCAUUACUGCAGUUCCAUUAAAAUCAAGUUUUCUGUGGGCAUAAGGGGAAGGAUCCUUCAGUUUGCUGAGGAGCUUGUCUGCUAAUAGCAUCUGGGCUACCCAGGCCAAAUGCAGUGUAUCACUGCACCCAGCUGUAACCUAGUACUCACUCAUUGCACUACGUGGCUGGGGUGUAAAACUUCCCAAGUGCUGGGAAAUGGAGAAAAUGGUUACUUAUUGAAGAGAACCAGGGGAAUGUUACAAAUGUCUAUCUCAAUGAGCCAGAAUCAGUUGGCAAAGGGACAGGUCCUCAUGGGAUUCAGACACCUGAGCGAGCUGUGAAUAUGGAAGCUGCUUAGCAAAAUCCUGCUUUUUCAGAAGCAGAAAGUGCCAGUACUUGGAGUUAAUGGCCAGAAGAGCCACCAGAUGCCACUUUUCCUCUUGAGCCCACCUCAGCCUCAUGAGUUCAGCUUUGUCCCUAUCCACGUCUGGAUGUUAUUUCAGCAGUGUUUGUCUGUCUGCUUGUUUUCUUGUGAGAGAGCCUUAGCAGAACUCAGCCUGCUGAGGUAUCUCCUGCAUCUCCCCAUGUUCCCCUGUGGUGACUUCCCUGUAAAUGAUGAGAGACCACCAGACACACCUAAUGGUUAUGGUGCUGCUUUGCUUAGCAAAGGUGCCCCUAAAGAAGCCUGAAGUGGAGGUGAGCGCAAUCUAUUACCAAGAACUGCAGGACGUACUGCUUCUGAAACCUCUCCUUGUAUAAGAGAAGGUGGCAUUGUAUAACCAGACUUGAAGAAAUGCAAGUAAAACAGGUCCUGAAGUCUUAAAGAAAGACCAGUCUCUUGGAUUUGCUUUUAAUAUGUAGGGUGUUAUGGUGGGAUUCUGUGCAUAAUGUACCACAAAGGACAGAAACAACCAUUUCAGGGGUGGGUUUUCAGUACACAGAACAUCUGACUCAGUCUUUUCAAGUGUUAUUCAAAACAGAUGUCCAAGAACAGGAGGGUGCCUGUAUGGUGGAAAGGGUACAACUGUUGGCAUUUCACUGGUGUCUGACUUUGCUGGAAUUGAAUGAGUGGAGGGAAGUCUGACAAGUUUGCAAACACCACUCAGAAAAGGUAGCUGCUCUCAAGAGAAUUUAAAUUAUUGUUAAAUAUUGGUGCCUUUUAAAAACUAUAUGGUAGUAUAUAAUAGACAAGAUAUGCCUGUAAUUUUAUUUAAAUAAAAUCAGUUUAUUCAUCU